AUGGCCAUAUUAUUAGCCAAACUAGAUAAGGAGGAGGAGAAGAAGAGGAAUAAGGAGAUGAAGGAUGAGGUAGAAAAUGAGGAGAAGAAGGAUGAGGAUAAAAUUUUUGAUAAGGACAAGGAGAUAGAGUUAAAAAUAAAGGUUGAUGAUGAAAAGGUUGGUGAUGAGAAGGUUGGUGAUGAGAAGGUUGAUGAUGAGAAGGUUGAUGAUGAGAAGGUUAAUGAUGAGAAUAAGGAUGAGAAGGUUGAUGAGGAAAAGGUUGAUGAUGAGAAUAAGGAUGAGAAUGUUGAUGAGGAGAUGAAGGAGAAAGAGAAUGAGGAGAAGAAUGAGAAUGAUAAUGAAAUGAUGCUCAUCCAAUUUGUGCGACAGAAGAAUAAGCAAGAGAAGGAGAAGGUGAAGGAGAAGAAGCAUAUGAUGAAGCAAGAGGAGGAGGAUGAGAAAGAGAAGGAGAAAGAUGAGAAGGUAAAGAAACAAAAAUAA